AGGUCCCCAGAGGAGUGAGGACAGAUAGGUCUCACAAUUGUCCUCGACAGAUUGGCAUCACCAUGAAAAGUGACUUUUUCUUCUGAUCCCCAUCUGACAUAAACAAAAUCCAGAAGUAGAAAAGGCAAGUCCCUCUGCCACAAUGAGCUCUGAACAUGAAGAAAUUGAUGUUGCAAAAACUGUUAUGAAUGGGCUGAGCAGCAAUGGACAAGAAAAAGCUGUUGACGUCCCUUUAUGUACACGUUCUAUUUCUGCCGUUAAAAUAAUCCCUGUGAAGAAAGUGAAAAGUUCUCCUCACCUAGUGCUGCCUACAGAAAUGGAUCCCACAAAAGUCUGCAGUGGAAAAGGAGCUGUAACUCUCCGGGCAACUCCAUCCUAUGAAGGGAAUCGGAAUGUCACUUCACCAGGUCCUCAGGAUGCUGAGCAACCUGAAAGUCUGGAGCCAGAAAACUCAGAAACAGAUGAUUGGAGGUCGUCGUCGAACACUGAUGCCAAUGGGGAUGCCCAGCCAUCUUCUCUGGCUGCCAAGGGUUAUAGGAGUGUGCGUCCAAACCUCUCUGCAGAGAGCAAGCCACAGGACCCAGGUCCUGUGCUAAAUGAAGUGCCCCAGCCUGGCACUGACUAUCCAAGCUCCAUCACUUCCAUCAGCAAGUCUGCCUCUGCCUAUCCUUCUACCACAAUCGUCAAUCCCACUAUUGUCCUGUUGCAGCACAAUCGAGAACAGCAAAAAAGGCUUAGUAGCCUGGCAGAUUCAGUGCCAGACAGAUUAGUUUCUGACAGAGUUGAUUCAGCACUUCUGCGGGAGAAGCCGGCUCAGGAGGCUGUGCCAAGUGAGAAGAGGGCAGUGGAGGAGAAGAGAAGCACUGUCAGGAGCCCUCCCUACAUGGCUGAUACCUCUGUUGAUGACAUUGGAAUUCCACUGAGGAAUACAGACAGAUCGAAGGACUGGUACAAGACGAUGUUCAAACAGAUCCACAAGCUAAAUAGAGACAAUGCUGAAGAAAACCCUUAUUGCCCUACCUACACAUUUCCUGAACUUCCUGAAAUCCAGCAAAAAACUGAAGAAGACAAUCCUUAUUCUCCUACAUACCAGUUUCCUGCAUCUACUCCUAGUCCUAUCUCUGAAGAUGAAGAUUCUGAUUCAUUCUCUCCACGUUAUUCCUAUUCUGAGGACAGCAGAACCCAAGUUCCCCGCUCCAAGAGUGAGAUGGACAAUAUAGAUUCAGAGAAGGUUGUGAAGAGGUCUGCCACUUUGCCACUGCCAAACCGUGCUUCAUCACUGAAAUCAAGCCCAGAAAGGACUGACUGGGAGCCUCCAGACAAGAAGGUGGACACCAGAAAAUACCGUGCAGAACCCAGGAGCAUUUAUGACUAUCAGCCAGGGAAGUCCUCUGUUCUGAACAACGAAAAGAUGACUCGGGAUAUAAGCCCAGAAGAGAUAGAUUUAAAGAAUGAACCUUGGUAUAAAUUCUUUUCGGAAUUGGAGUUUGGGAAACCGCCUCCAAAAAAGAUUUGGGAUUAUACUCCUGGAGAUUGCUCUAUCCUUACUAGAGAGGAUAGAAAGAGUGAUCUAGAAAAAGACCUCUACCUCUACCAGACUGAGUUAGAGGCAGAUUUAGAAAAAAUGGAGAAGCUUUAUAAAGCACCACAUAAAAAGCCACAGAAGAAUACAGCAGGUGUUACUCCUCUGGAAACUUCCACAGACCAUUCUUCCUACUCCACUUAUUCACCCAACUACCAUGCAGUGAAGAGGGAGUCAGAGCUAGCUGUGGGGGACCCUGCUGCCUUGGAGAAUGAAAGGCAGAUUUACAAGAGUGUGCUGGAAGGUGGAGAUAUCCCAUUCCAGGGGCUGAGUGGUCUCAAGCGCCCUUCGAGUUCUGCUUCCACAAAAGUGGAUCGUAAAGGUGGGAAUGCUCAUAUGACUGCACCCUCUUCAGUUAAUAGCCGAACCUUUAAUGCUAGUCAUACCGGUAUGUUAGGUCACGCAUGUAAACAUAAGAAGCCUUUAUCAGCUGCCAAAGCCUGCAUUACUGAAAUCCUCCCUUCUAAAUUCAAACCCAAACUAGCAGCUCCAGCUGUUCUUGUGCAGGACAAGACGGGUAUCUUGCUGUCUCAUGAGAAAGCUCAAAGCUGCGAAAACCUUCGUAGCUCCACUGCCUUGUUUGAUAAUAAAAAGGCUUUCAUGGUAGACAUGGGGGAAAGCAUAGAAAACAUCUUGAUGAAGUCGAAGCAAGAGUAUGCCAUUAAAUCUGGCAGUACCAUGAGCCUGCAGGAGUAUGGCACCAACUCUAGGAAAGGCUACCUGUUCGCUGCCUCCAGAAAGAGUGGGGUGGAGUUUACAACACUCUAUAAAGACAUGCACCAGAUCAACCGGUCCAGGAUCCAUUUGGACACAGUUUCCUCCUGCAGCGUGAAGGAUAUUGCGUCUCAGUUUGAGAAUGAAGUGAAGGACAGGAUGGAGCACAGCCUUAGUCGAGAGGAUUCAGAGCAGAUCCCCAAAGACACCGUUUCGUCCCGUAUCAGUGCCUUUGAGCAGCUGAUCCAGAGAUCCCGAUCGAUGCCCUCACUUGACUUUUCCAUUGGGCAAAACAAACCCACCACUUCUCUUCAGUCUAAAACUUGUCUGAGUGCUGCAUACUCUGCAGAGAUUCUUCUGGAUUUGUCAAAAGCACACCAAGUAGAAAAGGAUGUUCCCAGCUUUGCAGAUAAAUCCUCGCACUCCUGCAGCAAUGUGGAAGACACGGCUUCGGAUGUCAGUGAUGUCAUCCCCAUGGACACACUUUCAGCUUGCACUGAUGAGAUAGAUCUUCUCUCAAAUGCCUCCAAUGACAGUGGCAGCAGCUCCAGCAACCUGAAUGGGCCUCAGAAGCAUAAAAUCAACAGAUGCAAAGGCUCAUGCCCGGCUUCCUACACCAGAUUCACUACCAUCCGAAGGCAUGAACAGAAGCAGGCCUCCAGGCACCCUGAUUCCAAAGGGGAUGUCUAUGGGGACAGGCACAUGCUCCCCAGAAAUGUCUACCUAAUGAGCCCGCUCCCAUUCCGAUUGAAAAAGCCCCUCCAACACAAAUCCUGCAGAACUCCGCCCCCAGACUGCCUGGCAAGCCUGGCAGUGCCCAGCCCUGAGAACCCAGACGACCCCAUACAGCUGCAGGGGAGUGUAGGAAACAAGAGUCACCACUCCCAGCACCAACCUUGCUCCAGAAGCGGGCCUCUUGCUCCCCAGCGCCUGUCCUCCUUUGACAUUGUGGAGAGGCUUGGCUACUUCCCCACCAUGGGAUCUAGCCGGGAUAGCUUCAUGGGCCAGGCUGACAUUCCUGACUCCUUAAACAAUGGGAACCCUGUUUCAUAUGCCCUCUACCACAGCCUGGACACAAACAACAACCCGCAAAGUGAACUUGGGACGUACCUAGGAGAUUCAGAAUCACCAAGGCAUUUUGCACCAGUUGAAUACAUGGAAACUCCAGAAGAAAUCCUCCGCAGGCGGUAUGAUGAUAAAGAGAAACUUUUAGAGGACCAGAGACGGCUUAAACGUGAGCAAGAAGAAGCUGAUAUUGCCGCUAGAAGGCACACAGGGGUUAUUCCAACGCACCAUCAGUUUAUCACUAAUGAACGAUUUGGGGACCUCCUAAAUGUAGACGAUACUGCAAAGAGGAAAUCUGGGUCAGAGAUGAGACCUGCUAGAGCCAAGUUUGACUUUAAAGCACAGACACUAAAGGAACUUCCUCUGCAAAAAGGAGAUAUUGUUUACAUUUACAAGCAGAUUGACCAGAACUGGCUCGAAGGUGAACACCAUGGCAGAGUUGGCAUCUUCCCACGAUCAUACAUAGAGUUCCUUCCACCAGCUGAGAAGGCUCAACCCAAAAAGCCAUUACCAUUGCAAGUAUUGGAAUAUGGAGAUGCUAUUGCUAAGUUCAACUUCAAUGGGGAUACCCAAGUGGAAAUGUCCUUCAGAAAGGGUGAAAGGAUCACGUUGAUUCGACAAGUGGAUGAGAACUGGUAUGAAGGAAGAAUCCCUGGCACCAGUCGCCAGGGCAUCUUCCCCGUCACGUACGUGGAGGUGCUCAAGCGGCCAGUGGUCAAGAACGCCAUUGACUAUCCUGACCCACCCGUGUCCCUCUCCCCCAGCCGCAGCAUCACAGCCUCACCACAGUCUCCCAGCUCUGAGCUGCUCCAUACUCCAACUCCUCCGCCUUUGCCUUUUGCGCGCCGCGCUUUGUCUCCAGAGGUGCAGGCGGUCACAUCCGAGUGGAUUGCUCUGACCGUGGGAGUGUCUCCCAGCACCACUCCUGCCAUAACUCCUCCAUUGCCUCCUCUGCCCGAAGCCUCCCUCUCUCACCCUGACUAUCUCUCGCCUUCUGCUGCAGCCAGCCCUUCCCCCACAGUCAGCCUCCACCAUUCUCAUCUCUCUGGCUCCUCGACUCCCAGGUCCGUUAGGUCCCCAUUGCUCUCUUCCUCAUCUAGACCUCAGUCCUCUGCCUGCAGUUUCUACCAGGCCACUCCACAAAACGAAGAGAAGUUUGUUGACUCCCCUUCUCCCAGCGUGACUUACUCUAACUCCUCUCGCUGGGCAGUGGAGAGCCCCGAGAGCAUCCUCGCAGAGCAGCGUGACACCACUGCCAGCCCAGCCUGGCUCCCAAAGGCAGGAGAGGGCAGCAGCCACGCUGAGCAGAGUGCUCAUGCUGUCCCCAAGAUCUCUGUUGAGCGCUGCCUGAAACCGUCCCAGCUAGACAUGCGUGCGAGCCCAGAAAGGAGACCUGUGGGUUCCUCUGAGGACAACCAGUUGUGUCAGGAGCUAAUGGCUAUUGUUCAGGGAGGUAAAACAGAGAAAAGAGACGUGAGGAAAGGUGAUACAGGAAAGUUUCCAAGCGGGGAAAAGAAGACUGCAGACUCAAAAGUAUUCUCUUCAUCUGCUCCUCUCUCUUCCUCUACCCUCUCUUCCUCUACUGUCACAACCCAGCCACCUCCCAGACUUACACGCAGAGUCAAUAAGCCACAGGAAGCUGUUUGCAAUGAAAUCAUAAACAUUGCAGAAAAGUCUGUUCAUUACUGCAGUACUAUUUCUCAGCCUCUUGACUCUCGCCACAAGGUGACCUCUAAUGACCAUAAAUCAUCUCUCAUCAUUUCUCAGCAACCUCAAGCACAGCAGCAAGGAACCAGCCCUGAGCGAAGUCAAACACCACGAGACAUAGUUAGCUACCAAGCCCUCUACAGCUACACUCCUCAGAAUGAUGAUGAGCUGGAACUGAGGGACGGUGACAUUGUUGAUGUCAUGGAGAAAUGUGAUGAUGGCUGGUUUGUGGGUACAUCCAGGAGAACAAGGCAAUUUGGCACCUUCCCAGGCAACUAUGUGAAGCUUCUGUACCUGUAAAGUAACAGUGAUCCCACCAUGACAAGGAUGGUGGGAUUCCUUUCCAGAUGGUGUUUUUAAACAGUGAAGAAACAGACAAUUUAUGAAUGUAAUAGACAAGAGAUGAGAAGUGUUAUGAGGAUGUGGUUAUGUGGUACACUAUUGAGUUGAAUGUGUAGCCCUGCUUCCAUGGAGUCAGGGUGUGAUUUGUUUGCUGAAGAAGAGACAGUUUCUAGUUUACAGUGCUGCCUUUGUGUAUUCCUCUCCCUUCCCCAGUAAAAGUUUUGAUGAUAAUCUUAAUUUGUACGGAGUACUUACCUCUGAGAAGGCUUCAGGGAAGCACAUGGUAUAGGUUUUGUUUGUGUGUUGAGAUAGGGUAGUGCUUUGGGGCAGUACUCAGCCCCGCAGCUGCUCACGUUGGUUGGCACAGGAGUUCAGGAACAGGAGUUCAGGAAACAGGCUUGCUGCCCAGUUUCUGCCUUGCUGAAGACUCACUUUUCUCUGCCUUCCAUUUCCAUAGAAAACCUUUCCUUCAUGUCAUGCAUCUUAAGACCCAGCAGAGGUGGAGGACAGCUGAUACAAUUGAAUUGCAGAGCUCUAUGUGGAAAAGGAGUUUGGGAUUGGUGGUUUAAUCCAGAGAGGUCAGCCAAAGCAUAAUGCAAAAGUGCAAAAAAUCCCAAACCCUUCAAUAACAUAUCACUGAUCUCUGUAGGGUUUUUCUUUUGUGCAGGGGGUGUGUGUGUGAAUGUAUUGUGUGCAAAAUUAACUGAGUCCUGUUUAUUAAAGAGAAAUCAGCCUAGCUUUGACAUUUAUCUGCACAAAGAGUAGAACCAAUAAACAGAACAUCCGCGAGGGCAAAUUCUGUUUAUGAGUCCUACAGCUGUUCACUUUCUCUGCUCCUCUUGCCCUGUCGCUGGCCCUAAAGGAUCAUACACCUUUUCCAGCGUAUGCUUUGGGAUGAAAUGGUGGGACUUCUUUCCCGGCAUUAAAUCUUAGAGGCUCUGAUUAAUCUGAACAAUGUAUCACUGAGGGUGCCUUUUUUUUCAUUUUGGUUACAGUGUUGAUGGUAGGUCAAAUAAAUACAUGCAUUUUGGCUGCCUCUUAGUCAUACAAAAGAGUUUAAUCAAUUUGGAAAGCUGUUCCCAGCAGUUAUUACCAGUUACAUAGAUUUGUAUUUCCUUGAGGGGAAAAAAAAACCCCAUGGCUUGGCUGUAUGUUUGCCUGUAAAUCCACUAUGAAUACUCUUUUGAUAGACUUUUUGUUAUUAAGAAAAAGCAUAAACAAAACCAAUUCUAUCAGACUCUGCUUCCUACAAUUGCCGUACAAAUAGCAAAAGGUAGAUUGCUAUUUUGUCAUAAGCCGUAUUUAAUAAUAUAAAAUGCCUAUUUUUAUGCUGAUGCUUUUAUACAGAUUUAUUAAGAGUAAACUACAACUAACUGUUAGCACGACUUGCAAUGUUUUGAUAAACUAGCCAUGCUCCUGGGUUUGAAAUCAAACAGGCUUGUCUUCCGUCUCAGUCAGCGGAAGAGAAGACUCUGUGUCUCAGAAGUUUGACUGUAAAUAUGUAUAUUUAACUUUGUACAGACAAUGUACUUACCUUGUAUAGAGAAAUAAUUUAAACACAUUGAGUGAAGGGAGGGGAAAAAGGCAGUUGUGAAAGGUUGGGAUUUUUUUCCACUUUAAUUUAAGUGAUGGAAUUCUGUGUAUGUUCACAUAAAGAGUUUUAGCACAAAAUAUUCAUUAUGAAAGGUUUCAGAUAUGAUACAAAGCACCACUGUUUAUUUUCUGCAGGAGAUAUCUUGAAUCCUGCAUCUUAUUUAUGGGUUAGUUGUUCUGCUUUGGGUUUGCCCUCCAGUUAUUUGCAACAAUGUUUAGGCCUGUUGGUAAGAUUGGAUAACACCAAAUAAAUGUAUCCAGCAAAGUAACAUGUUGAUAUUGAUUGUAUAUAACAUACUCAUUUAAAAGUUAAUUUUCUGUUCCUGCUCUUGCCAGUUUAAGUUAAACACGAACACACACACACACACCACACACAUCCACACAAACUGCAACUUCUUUUUGUGUUGAUUUUUUGUUUCUUAUUGCAGUGGAUUACUAUUUGGCAAUUAAUAAAUGGAAUUAUUGAAUUAC